CCAAAGUCUCAUCGUUGAAGAAUUGUUGCGCGCGCUGCGCGUUGUGAUAUAGUUGAAUACAGACGAUACCAUGAACUGGAGCACAGCAGUGAUUCUCGUAUUAGGCUGUGCUAGCUGUUCAGUGCUUGCUUCUCCAACCUACAAUUCAUUCUACAGACGAUAUGCUCAUCAAGGUUCAGCCUAUAUCUCCGGGUCCCAUCAUGGAUACAGCUCAGGGUCCCCUGGAGGUUACGUGAGAGUAUCCGGGUACUCCAGGUAUCCUUCUCAUCACAAUUACAAGGCUGCAGGACUUCAAUACAACUCUGGCAGAGUACAUCACCAGGCCUAUGUACAGAAACCGGUUCAACAGCUGGGAUAUGUACCGGUUCAGAUGCCGGUACAACAAAAGAUAAGUACGGUAAAAGCAGAAGAAAUGUUUCCUGUUAAAAUGAGCAGUUCUGAUCUUGUGCUACCACCUGUACAGGACGAAAAUAUCCCAGAGUUAGAUGCAACAGCUAAUGUUGCACAAGGAGAGGACGGAGAAGUCUUUGACGGAGUAAACGAAGGAUUUUCAGAGGAAGUUCAAGCUCCUGUUGAAGAUUUUGUUGAGCAAUCUUUUCUUGAAGAACCAUUCUUAGAUAUUGAACAAGAAUAUUCCAUCAACAAACCUCUUGGUGAUGACCUCUUUGUUAAGAAUGAUUUCCCAGAAAUUGAUCUGAGAGAUGCAUUAAACCAGACACCGGAGAACAUUCUAUUCUUGGAACCCGUUCCAGCAGUUCCAGGUCUACCUGUCGGUCUCCAGGAACCAGCUCUGGGAACACAGGACCCUGCUGACCUACAGCUGUUUAAUCUUACACCUGUACCUGCCGUCCCCGGACUUCAAAUAGCCGAGCUUCAAAUUUAAAUUCUGCAUUAAAUUCGACCACAAUUAUUAGAGAUAUUAAAACCUCUUAAGCUUUAUGAUAAAAUCUAUGUUCACACAAUUUUGAAAUUCAAGUCGUGCUUGAUUUUUAAAAGUACAGAAAAAGGUCAUAUUUCAGUAUGUUGAGUGGAUUUGUACACGCUUUGAAAUGAUUAGUUUUUAGUACUUUUAAUUUGGGUUUGUUAGAGGUGUUGUACCUUCUUGUAUCACAUAUUCGUUCUGUAUAAAUUUAAAUAUUCUUACAAAAUAAAUUAUGGAGAUAAAUUUA